GAUGAGCUGCUCGACAGUCUCAUCACUACUCACGCCCCCGCACGAUGCACCACCCGUCGCUGCAACCGAAUCUCGGAAACGAGGUCGAGCCAGCAGCAACAACAACAUGCUCAUGCUCAUCAUCAUCAUCAUCAUCAUCAUCAUCAUCAUCAACAACAACAACAACAACAAGGCAUCACAAAGCUAUGCCCACAAGUAGGCCUUUUGGGUCAAAUGUUGGUCAGUGCGGCUUUUCAGUUUGGACGACGCGUGUCACGACAAAGAAGCAUGCGCACUCGAUAUGCUCGAGCCCCAGAAACUGUUGGCUUUGCAGAGACUUCAAAAGUGUUGUCGUACUUUGCAUUGCUUUAG